AUGCGCCCUGGCCGGUCGGUCGAGGAUGCGGGACAGAAACAGAGCGGUGCUGCAGCGCUGGGAUCGGAGGAGACAGGAGGAAAAAAGCGCAUCCACCCAAGCUACCGCACUGCCGUCUUGCCGUCCACGGCGAGCUCGAACCAGUUAUUACACACAGAGGGCACCGCAGCACACAACACGUUUGGAUGGGCAGAUUGUCACUGCACCACUUCAGGCCCAGAGCCCCAGAAGAAGCCCUCACCUCAGCCCAACCAACAAUAA